GGUGGCCGCAAUGGAGGAGCCGGCCGUCGCCGCCCCCACCACUAAACCAAACCGGAAGACAUCAUCUUUUGAAAGAGAAGGAUGGUGGAGAAUAACAUUAACAAAUACCCCUAUCCCUGGCACUUACCACUUGAAAACUUUUCUUGAAGAAUCUCAAUUAAAUCCAGUGAGAGCAACCUACGGUUUUAAAAACGAAGGAAGGAAAAAACCACCUCUCGUGCAGCGAAACAAUCCAGUUCCAACUGACCUCCCACAGUACAUGCCUCCUGAGUUGUUGGACUUGUUGAAGAAGCAAAUGACCACUUACUCAUUUAAAGAUAAACCGCGUCCAAGCCCCAGCACACUGGUUUACAAAGAUCAGUCAAUUAGACUUACACCUGGGCAUUAUGAUCUACUCCCUGUACCAGUUCCCAAGUACGCUUCCAGGAGUUUUGUAUUUCGUUCAACAGUACAAAGAUUUCCAACUGGCUACUUCACUCCUCGUGAAGGCCCAGGCCCAGGUCAUUAUAAUGUGAAAAUACCUUCAGCAAGUUCUGUGACUUCUUCUUUUCAGUCCAGAGUACCUCGAUUCUUGCCUACCAGUUCAAAAACCCCAGGCCCGGGAGCGUACACAUCUUCGGCACAAUUCCCCAAGCAGCCCCGGACCAUCGACAAAAUGGGGCGAGAACAUACUCUUUUCUUCAACAACACAAUUGGCGUUUAAAAUAAAGCCAUCUUGGCC